AUGGCGCCUGAUUUCCCCGUUAUUUACUUGCUUCCCACUCAUCUAAGUCCCGAUGAGUUGCAUGAGUUGGAAAGCCAAAUUCCGAGCUUGACUUACGACAUCAAUGAGGCCAGUGUCGUGAUUGGCAAGAUCUCAGAGAAGAACCGCGCCUUAUUUGAGCUUCGAAAGCGAAAGCUGGUGACCGAGGAAGUGUUCCUGGAUAGGCUCUCUGUUUCACCGAGAGUCAAGCGAAGAAAAAUAUCAUCGUUUGGAGAUGUGGCUAUUGAUACGGACUCGGACACCAUGUCCGAUAUCGACACGCAGUCGUCCACUCAGCUUUCCACCACGGCAAGUGCUGAUGAUUUGAUCAAGGUGGUUAAGCUUGCUUGGUUCACGGAAUCGCUGUCCAAAGAUGUGGUGUUGCCCAUGACGGAUUACCUUAUCUACCAGGGCCGAAAGAUCAAGUCAGAUGCCGCGACUUCUAUGAAGCCACCACCACGACCAGCAGACAUCCUGUCUAGGGCGAAAGCCGAUGCUGGCGGCACCCAGAUGGACAACUAUCUCCGCCACGGUCCUUUUAGGAAGGAUCGAGAUCGAGAUGGGUAUAAGAUGGCCCAUGUCAAACCGCCACCGCUUCUCAAGCAGACGACUUCGGAGCAUGAUAUUGACGAGUAUUUGCCACCUAUUCCCAGUUUCCUUCACACGACAUAUUCAUGCCAACGCCCAACUCAUGUGAACCCGCCAAACAAGGAUUUUAUCGAGGAACUGAAGAGGAUUCGCACAACCAGGACUCUGACGGGAGAUAAGAUUGGCGUCCGAGCCUACUCAAGCUCUAUUGCUACGCUUGCUGCAUACCCCUAUACUUUGCGAAGUGCUCAAGAGGUUGCGAGGCUACCAGGCUGUGGCAUUAAAAUUGCCGAGCUCUAUCAAGAGUUCAAACAAACUGGCUUUCUACAAGAGGCGCAGAAUGCGGACUCUGACCCCAAAAUAUCCGUGUUGAAGCUAUUUUAUGAGAUAUGGGGCGUUGCAGAUGCAACUGCAUGGGAAUUCUACAACAAGGGCUGGAGAGAUCUUGACGACAUCGUUGAAUACGGUUGGAGCAGUCUGAGCCGUGUGCAACAGAUCGGAGUCAAAUACUAUGAUGAGUUUCAAAUCAAGAUACCUCGGCAUGAGGUCGAAUCCAUCGCAAAUGUUGUCUUGGAGCAGGCGAACAAGGUCCGCAAAGGAUUUCAGAUGGUCAUCGUUGGCGGAUAUCGACGCGGCAAGGAGCUGAGUGGAGACGUGGACGUUGUGCUGAGCCAUCCUGACGAGGCAGCUACGGAGGGGGUGAUUGAAGAUAUUGUUCUGGGCCUAGAGAAGGGCAGUUUCAUUACUCAUACUCUUAGCUUGAGUACGAAGAACUCAGAACGAGGCCAGGACCCUGUCAGCUGGAAAGGUAACGACAAGAAAGCUGGGGCUGGCUUCGAUACUCUGGACAAAGCGCUGGUGGUUUGGCAAGAUCCGAAAUGGUCGCCGCAGCCAGGCGAGACGAAGAAUACGAACAUUCAUCGUCGAGUGGAUAUCAUCAUCAGCCCCUGGAAGACUACGGGCUGUGCGGUGCUGGGCUGGAGUAGCGGCACCACGUUCCAGCGAGAUCUUCGUCGAUACUGCAAGCGGGAACGUGGGCUCAAGUUCGACAGCAGCGGAAUUCGCAGCCGGGUAGAUGGUGCCUGGGUGGACUUUGAGGACGGUGGACUGGGGAAAGCGCCAGACAUGCUCACAGCUGAGCGCCGAGUGUUUGCUGGGCUGGAGCUUGAAUGGCGACCGCCAGAAGAGAGGUGCACGGAGUAA